CUUCGCCGCUCGCCUUGCCGGGUCUUGGAGAGCCUGGGUUUCCCCCGCAGGCUCCGGUGGCGCUGCGCGCCGCUUUCAAACGCCGAGCCUGUAGCCGCGAUUGGAGGGGCGCAAGGAGAAGGCGUCGCCUUCAAAAACAAAACACCCGGCUCUUGGCGCAGCCGGGAACACCCGCUACGGGAAGAUGUCGGCUCUCCCUAGAAGAACUAGAACAGCACCAAAACCAGGGAUUCCAGAAGAUGAGCUGCCUUCCUUCCUUAAAUCAUCUUCAGAAUCGGAAGAGGAAACGCACGAAGAGGAAUGGGAGCCCAAAAAGAAAGUCGUAAGGAAGGCCAGUGCACCCAAAACAAAAGUGUCGAGAGCAAAAAAACCCACUGUAGCUGCCCUGAAGAAACCAGCUGUGCCUAGGAAAAGGACCAAGAAGGUGGCAGUAAAAGAGGAAUUGGACACAUCGGUGCCUAUUGCAGCUCCUGGAGGGAACGAAGGUGCGUUUCACCUGCUGCAGCCUAAAGAAGAGGAAGAUGUCAAGCCGACAUCCGCAGCCCCAAAGCUCCCCAUGAAAGGGCGCCCAGCCCACAGCCUGGAGAACGCCGAAGGACCCUCCACAAGUGCCGCCGCCACGAAACAAAAAGUGAAGUCGGAAGAGUCUGAAGAAGAUUUUACAUUCGACGAGCCUCCUUUUAAAAAAUCAAAAUCAGCCACAUGUCCUCAGGGAAAGCCUGUGAAAUGUGCGGCGAGUGCCAAAUUGGACGAAGACCAUAAAAUGAACUGGGACAUUGUGCAGGUCUUGUCGCAAAGGACUGGCAUUGAAGAAUGGGUGUGUGCGAACAUAAUCCGCCUCUUCAACGACGACAAUACUAUUCCUUUCAUUGCCCGGUAUCGGAAAGAGCUUAUAAACAACAUGGAGGCCGAUGCGUUGCGUGAAGUGCAGCAGACACUGGAAGAACUACAGACUGUCGCGAAAAAAGUUCAUGCUUCGAUCCAGAAGCUAACAAAAGAAGGAAAACUCUCAGAAAGCCUUUUGACGGCUUUAUUAAACUGCAGAACCUUGGAGGAGUUGGAUCAUGUGUAUGCGCCGUAUAAAACAGGAAGCAAAGGAACAAAAGCACAAAGAGCCAGGCAACUGGGAUUAGACCACGCUGCAAACUUGCUCAUUGAGAACCCGAGAGAACUCAACCUACACUCUUAUGUCAAGUCCAGUGUCGAAGGUCUUUCCACGGUUGAGGAGGUAAAAUCUGGAGUGCAGCACAUUUUGGCUGACAUGAUCGCUAAAGAUAAAGAGACGCUGGAUUUCAUCAGAGAUUUAUGCCAAAGAAAGUACAUUUGUAUUCAGUCAUCCUUGGCAAAAGUGACCUCGAAAAAGGCCAAUGAAAAAGAUGUCAACAAGUUUCACCUGUACCAGAAUUUUUCUUGCAACAUAAAGAAUAUUCAGCAUCACCAGAUUCUAGCCAUUAACCGAGGGGAGAAUCUCAAAGUCCUGACAGUGAAGGUCAACAUUCCCGACGGUGUGAAGUUUGAAUUCUGUAGGUGGUGUGUAAAUGCAAGAUGGAGACCAAAGGCCUAUGCGCAACCUGAAUUAAUGGAACUUCUACGUUAUUCAACAGAAGACUCCUACAAGCGCCUUAUUUAUCCGCUUCUCUGCAGAGAAUUCAGAUCUAAACUGACUUCAGACGCAGAGAAGGAAUCUGUAAUGAUGUUCGGAAGGAACCUCCGCCAGUUGCUUCUCAUGAGUCCUGUAAGAGGACGGACCUUGAUGGGAGUUGAUCCUGGCUAUAAACAUGGUUGCAAACUGGCCAUCAUUUCACCAACCAGCCAAAUACUCCAUACUGAUGUUGUCUAUUUACACUCUGGUAAAGGAUUCCGUGAAGCUGAGAAGAUACGGACACUUCUGCUAGAUUACAACUGCGGCACUGUUGUGAUUGGCAAUGGAACGGCUUGUAGGGAAACAGAAGCUUACUUUGCUGACUUGAUUACGAAGAAAUACUUCGCGCCUUUGGAUGUCACUUACUGCAUUACCAACGAAGCAGGAGCCUCAAUAUACAGUGUUAGUCCAGAAGCUACCAAGGAGAUGCCUGAUUUAGAUCCUAACCUACGAAGUGCAGUUUCCAUUGCGAGACGAGUACAGGACCCAUUAGCUGAGCUAGUGAAAAUUGAGCCCAAACACAUUGGAGUUGGAAUGUACCAGCAUGACGUAUCUCAGACCCUGCUCAAAGCAACCCUAGACAGCGUGGUGGAGGAAUGUGUCAGCUUUGUCGGAGUUGAUAUUAACAUCUGCUCAGAAAUAUUAUUAAGACAUAUUGCAGGACUGAAUGCCAACAGGGCUAAAAAUAUAGUUGAAUGGCGAGAGAAGAAUGGAGUGUUCAUUAAUCGGGAGCAGCUCAAGGAUGUUAAAGGACUGGGUCCAAAAUCCUUUCAGCAAUGUGCUGGCUUUAUCAGGAUUAACCAGGAGCACAUCAGAACUCACUGCAGUCAACAGGGUGAGCUUGCAUCUGAGGGUCAUAAAGCAGCUACAAACGAGAAGCAGGGUAAGAAGAAAACCAAAGCAGCAAUAAACAUCAUUCGACGGCCAAAUCCUUUGGAUCAAACUUGCAUCCACCCAGAAUCAUAUAAUAUUGCAAUGAGGUUUUUAACACUCAUUGGAGGAAGCCUCAGCGAUAUUGGAAAGUUAGCCAUGCAGCAAAAUGUGGAUGUGAUAAUUAAAAAUGAAGGGCUGGAAGGAACUGCAAAAAAGUUGAAUACAACGGGGCAAACACUGCAAAUAAUAAUCGAUGGGCUAACUCAACCUGAAGGCUUUGACAUCCGACAAGAUUUUGAUAAACCUGAUUUCAAGAGAAGCAUCGUUUGCCUUGAAGACUUAAAAGUUGGAACUGUCCUGACAGGAAGAGUUGUGAACGCUACUCUCUUUGGAGUCUUUGUUGACAUCGGCGUUGGCAGAGCAGGAUUGAUUCCCAUUCGGAACAUAACCGAAGACAAGCUUUCCAAAGAAAAGAAAAGGAGGAGUCUUGGCCUGGGCCCGGGAGAAAAAGUUGAAGUCAGAGUACGUGAAAUUGACAUUCCACGAUCCAGAAUAACACUGGACCUUAUACGUGUAUUGUGAGCAGUUUGUUGGCACUUUUCAAGGGCUACCAUCUUAUCACGAUGAGCAGAGCGCAGCUGAAAAACGAGGACCAAUUCAGGCUGUCGGCAGCCUAGACUGCGUUGGGGAGUCUAGAAGCUCAGAAUAUGGCCAGAAAUUUGCACAGAGACUCCUGACUGUAUGAAACAAUGCUAUGAUUUGUGGCAGGGUUGAGCAACCUGUGGCCUUCAGAUGUGGUUAGACUCCAUCUCAGCUGGCACGGACAGCGGCCAGAGAUGAUGAAAAUUGUAGUUCGACAUCUGUAGGGCCAUCCCUGAUUCAUUAUGUGGGAGGCUAUAUACGUGGCUACUUGUAGGAGCCAGUAAAAAAUUGUGAAAAAUCC